CUCAAGUUUUGCCGGAAAUUCCGAAAAAUGACGCCAGAGAGAAGACGUGAUAUUGUUGAGCGUCUUGGCUAUUGCACCAAUUGUUUGGCUCGAAGCCACAAUAUAAGGUCGUGUACCUCGAUGGAGUCUUGCAUAAAAUGCAACCAACUGCACCACACCAUGUUGCACCCAUCGAGGACCCGCAGCCCAUCGCCCAACUUGUCUACCGUCAGCAGCCAACGCAGUCGUGACGCCGAGACCCAGUUACAACCGCACCAACAACCACGUCAACAUCAUCAUCACCAUCGUCAACGUUAUCAUCAGCAUCGUCAACACCGACACCAUCAACCUCGUCAGCCACAUCAUCGUCGUCAUCAACGCCAACAGCCACAUCAUCGUCGUCAUCAACGCCAACAGCUGCAUAAUCAACAACAACAACGUCAUCAAACUCAACAACGUCAUCAAACUCAACAACAUCAACUUCAACAAUCACCAGCUCCAGUUGUUUCAACUACCACACCACCAAUGCCAGAUCAACAUAUCUUGGCUGAAGCUAUUAAAUCGCUGGCCAACGUAUUAUGCUUUCAAAGCAAGCCAGAAUAA